AUGCUGCUUUUGCUGCUGGGGAUCAUCGUGCUCCACGUCACCGUGCUGGUGCUCCUCUUCGUCUCCACCAUCGUCAGCCAAUGGCUCGUGAACGGCGGGCAGACGGCGGACCUGUGGCAGAACUGCUCCUCCGGUGCUAUCUUCCAGUGCCUGACAUCGUCCACAAAUGAAUGGCUGCAGUCUGUCCAGGCGAUGAUGAUCCUCUCCAUCAUCUUCAGCGUCUUGUCCCUCUUCCUGUUCUUUUGCCAGCUCUUCACGCUCACCAAGGGCGGGCGGUUUUACAUUACUGGGAUCUUCCAAAUCCUUGCCGGGCUCUGUGUGAUGAGCGGCGCGGCCAUCUUCACAGUGAGGCACACGGACUGGCACCAAGCCUCGGAAAACACCUCCUAUGGCUUCGCCUAUAUCCUGGCGUGGCUCGCCUUCCCCCUGGCCCUCGCCAGUGGCAUCGUCUACGUCAUCCUACGGAAGCGCGAGUGAUGCCGCAGGAGGCGCAACCGGGGCACUCAUGACGUCCACGGAGGAGACGGAGGCGGGGGAAAAUAGACGAGAAAACGGAAAAGAAAAUUAACCAAAAAAAAAAAAAAGAAAAAAAAAAGGAAUAAACCCUCCCACCAAAAAAAAACAAACCAAACCCAACCGACCCCAAAAGGAAACACUCAAAGGGUUACUUGUUAAUUGAGGAUGUAUAUAGUAUCUAUGGUUUAAAAAACCUAUUUAUAACACUUUUUACAUAUAUGUACAUAGUAUUGUUUGCUUUUGUUGACCAUAUGCUAUGUUUUAAAGCCUAAAGAAAGUGCCUAAGGAAUUAUUACUCCUAACAGUGUAACAAGAGCGCGGUGAUUUUUCUCUCAUGCAAGCCCUUUGUGAUCUGAGCUCUCCUUCCCCACCCCAGCCGUGCCAUUGGAGCCCCCCAGCUCUGGCUGCUGUCUCUCUGGCACUGGUCGGUGCCGCUCCGCAGAGCAGCGGGGAGUUACGCCUGGUGAUGUCGGCCGGAGGCUUGGCCCCUGCUCCUCCUGCCCACUGAGAUUUUGGCGGCUGGAGGGCACGGCCAGGGCUGGCGGAGGCGCUUCCAAAAGGUUCGAAGGGUUUUCGGAGCAAAGGACUGCCCAAAGUGCCUAAAUGACUUAUGUGCCUAAGUCCCAUUGCCUUGCCACCACACCCGCUGGGAAUUUGGGCUUUUAAAUCACUUAGGUUGAAUGCAGGCGAGUGCGGGCUGUGCUCCAUCCAAGCGUGUGCCCAGGGUGCCGGGGGCUGUGUGCGCCCUGAGCCAAGCCCCCGGGCACGGGCUGUCCCCGCCACGCAAUGUGCGUUGUCCUUGCCGUGGAGCUAGAGUACCGAUGAGCAGGAAGCAAACCCCGUAUAUCUAUGAAAUCAAAUGCCAGAUAUAUGAAAUGGUGCUAUCUAUUUACCAUUCCUUAUACUGCUAGCCAUUUAACCUUAUUCACUGGAAAUUCAGUUAACAACCUUGAGGUAAACAACGAAGCUAGAAAUGAGAAAUAAUUCUGUGUAAUAUAAACGAGCUUUAACUGCUUUUGUACUUAGACAACUUGCUCUUACUAUUAUUUUUAAUAAAGCAUUUAUAACCGAG